GUACGGAACGCUUCUUUCAACAGCAGCAACAGUAAGUCAGCCACCUCGGUAGCUUGCUAGACAAACUAGCCGAAACAAUAAAGCUCUUUAGGCGCGUUAGUGUUUAUUGGCCACUGUGUUUUAAACCCACUUCUGUCGUCUAGUUAGUUUUCCGAUUUAAUUUCAUAUUUACGGUGUUGUUGUUAUUUUUCAGCUAGCGGGCUGGUUAAGUUAGCAAUAGCCGAGCUAGCUAAUAUCCCCGACCAUGAGUUCACUAAGCUACUCUCCUUCUGCUAAAGAAGAGGCGGUCUGCUGGACGGAGAAAGAAUCUCUCGUUAAAGAGGAGAAGGAAGAGGAGGAUAUCACAGUAAAACAAGAAAUAGAGGGUGAGGCUGUUACAGUGAAAGAAGAAGAGAAAGACGCUUUCAGAGUGAAAGAAGAGGAGGAUGUUACAGUAAAAGAGGAAGAAAAGUAUUUCAGAGUGAAGGAGGAGGAGGAUGCAUUUUUUGGAGUGAAAGAGGAAGAGGGGGAGAGGGGGACUGUCACAUUGAAAAAGGAAGAAGAGGAGGAAGCUGGAUAUCUGGGCCCGGUUUCCCAAGGGCAUCUUAAGGCAUCCAGUGGCUCUAACGAUGAACGUUCCCUGGUUAACACGAGAGAGAGAUGUGACUAUCGUGGAUCCUCUGGGGAGCCUCAACAACAUCAUGAUGCUGAUGAGGCAGAGGAGAGUCUCUCCACAUCAGAACACCUCAAGAAACACCAGUGGAGACCCACAGGAAAGAAAUCUCACUGCUGCUCUGACUGUGGGAAAAGCUUUUCAACAUCACAGAUUUUGAAGCUGCACCAGAGAACACACCCAGGAGAGAAAUCUCAUAGCUGUGAUCAAUGUGGGAAGAGUUUUACUACAUCUAGCAAUCUGACUAUACACCAGAGAACACACACAGGAGAGAAAUCAUGUAGUUGUAAUCAAUGUGGGAAGAGUUACUUAAGGUUAAAUUCACUAAAAGUACAUAUGAGAAUUCACACUGGAGAGAAACCUUACAGCUGUGAUCAAUGUGGAAAGAGUUUUGUUCAAUCUAGUGAUCUGACAGUACACAAGAGAACACACACAGGAGAGAAACCUUUUAGCUGUGAUCAAUGUGGGAAGACUUUUAUUGCAUCUAGCAAUCUGACUAUACACCAGCGGACACACACAGGAGAGAAGCCUUAUAGCUGUAAUCAAUGUGGGAAGAGUUUUAUUACAUCUAGCCAGCUGACUUCACACCAGCGAGUACACACAGGAGAGAAACUUUACCACUGUUCAAAUUGUGGGAAAAGCUUCUCAACAUCACAGACUUUGAAGCUGCACCAGAAAACACACACAGGAGAGAAACCUUACAGCUGUGAUCAGUGUGGGAAGAGUUUUAUUACAUCUGGCAAUCUGACUAUACACCAGAGAGUACACACAGGAGAGAAACCGUAUAGCUGUAAUCAAUGUGGGAAGAGUUUUAAUACAUCUAGUCAUCUGACUACACACCAGAGAGUACACACAGGAGACAAACCGUAUAGCUGUGAUGAAUGUGAGAAGAGUUAUACUGCAUCUAGCCAUCUGACCAGACACCAGCGAGUACACACAGGAGAGAAACCUUAUAGCUGUGAUCAAUGUGGGAAGAGUUUUACUGCAUCUAGUGAUCUGACGGUACACCAGAGAACACACACAGGAGAGAAGCCUUAUAGCUGUGAUCAGUGUGAAAAGAGAUACUCUCGUAAAAGAUCUCUGAUCAAACAUCAGAAAAUACAUACAUGAAGGAGAUAUUUCAUGAUAUCAAUGAAAUAACAAUGUAGAAUGUUUUUAACAUUGUAUUAGGAGUAUUUUAAGGAAUUUCACACUGUAGAACCCUAAACGUUUGCCCCAUUCAAUUGAUUUCAGCAUGAUAUGUAUAUUAGCCUCGGGAAAAAUCCUGGCUCUGAAUUGAAAGAGUGAUUUAAUAAAAAGUGACUAACACAAAAAGAGCUGUGUUACACUUACCAUGUUGGUGACCCACUUGAAUCAAAAUGUAACACUUUAAAUUGCAAAUUGUCCUCUAACCAGGGAUGUACACAUUA